GUUUUGCAGGACUUUUGGUACCUGAAAAAUGUGUAUCCCUUGGACAGGUAUAGCUUGUACUAAUCAAACAAGGACUAGUAUAGUGAUCAAAUAUAGGAAGAAACUAGAUAUCUGUUGGAAUGGAUAGAAACAAGUACAUGCCAUGGUGGAGUUCCAAUUAAAGCAAGCUUUCGAGUGAGUGAUAAAGAAACAUACCAAUGUCUUUUUAUAAAGGAAAAAUAUACUGUAAGGCAUAUAGUGCAUCAGGCCUUAUUCAAUAUUCCAUAUAUAGGCAUAAUAUUAGCACACAAAAGCAUUUGGUUCCCUUCAACAAAAAAAGAUUUUAUUCUUUUAUGCUGUCAACAAAACAUUUCAUCGUUUACCAACAAAGGUGAGUGUGAGACUCAAAAAAACUUCCUCUUUCCUAUGGAAUCUCUGAGGAAAGAACCUAGUCCCUCUGAGAGCACCUCGUGCAUCGUUUCAACACCAGAGGCCCCUCCAGGUCCAGAUGAAGUACUCACAGAUCGUGAACGAGAGGCAAAGCCCUGUCUCCAACUAGAUCUAAACCUAACUACAAGUGAUUGUGAUCGUGGGUUCAAUCUAGAACUCAAUCUUAUUGAUUCCUUGAACACAGGUUCAUUUGACAGUACCGCACCAGAAACUCCCCGACCUACAGAUGGUGAGCAACGAGUUUUCUCAUGCAACUAUUGCCAAAGAAAAUUCUACAGUUCACAAGCUCUUGGAGGACACCAAAAUGCCCACAAGAGAGAGAGGACUCUAGCAAAAAGAGGACAAAGGAUGGGAGCUCAUAUAGCCGCUGCCUCAGCUACAGCUUUUGGGCACCCCUAUUUUCAUCACAACCACUAUUCUAGCUUGGCUUCUCUUCCACUACACGGUGCAUAUAAUAGAUCUCUGGGAAUUCAGGUGCAUUCAAUGAUCCAUAAACCUUCUCAUAUUUCUUCGUCAACUGGCUUUGGAAAUGUGUAUGGACACCAUAGUUGGUCAAGGCCUCCUAUAGACCAACAGCCGGCAAUAGGAAAGUUGUCGAUGGAGAAUUCCCAUGCAAUUGCAACAGGAGCAACCUCUCGAGCAAGUGUCGGUAGGUUCAACAUAAUGCGGAAGAUGAUGGGUUCUCCAGCUGAUGAGAUGAUUAGCAAUUGUUGGUGGUCAGGUGGUGCUAGUAUGAAGACUAGGCAGGAGGAGAUACAGAAGGUUGACCUAUCUCUCAAGCUCUAAUUGGGUAUUACUUUUAAGAACAUAUAUAUAUAUUUUUCUCAUUAAGAUAUUGUUUACUCUUAUUUUCUUUGGAAGUAAUUGUUAUGUAUAAAUCAUAGAGAAGUUUUGGAAGAUUUUUGUUUUUUUUAACUUGGAAGUACCGUUAAUCCGUUUCUCCGAUAUUCUUUCUCAAAUACUUUGAACUAGGAAGUUUGUGUUGGUUCAGAGGGAAUUUUUCCAAUUUAAGGUGUCCAGGAUUUUACACUCAAUGCACAAAAACUUUGGCCUUUUAAUCCCAGGCCGGUCUUCAA